GUCAGUAAUUAGUCAAUCGUUGUAAUUGAAAUUUGUCAAUUAUUGUAAUAUUAACAGCUGUCCUCUUUAUAAUCAUUUUAUAUCUUUAUUUUCAAUAACAUGUUGCGUUCUUAUUAUUUUAUAAAUCUCCAACGUUAAAUUGUGAAAAAUAACAGAUCUUCGUUAAAUAGAUUUAAUCUCCAAGUAUGUCGAUACCUCCACUUGUUUGUAGCACUCCUCCACCUCCUGACCAAUGCGAGGAUGACAAAGAUGCUGAAGAUUUUGAUAUGCAGUAUAACCUUUCAAAUUAUGAUGAUGAAGAUAACAGUGAUUAUAAUUACGGAGAUUUUAGUUCAUAUGAUCAGUUUGAAUCAUCAUUAUCAGAAAAAAAGGAUGAAUCUUCAAGUACUGAAAAAAUUUUAAAAAAUUAUAACAAAAAUGAUGAUAUUUUAAAAGAAGAAUCUGAAUUACAAGUUGAAGGAAUAACAGGGGCCAGUAUAACAAAUAAUUUGAGUACUGAAGAAGAUAUUGUUGAAGAUUUAGAUUUGAAACUGGAUCAAGAGUCUGUGAGUGCCAGCAGUAAAAAUGAGGCAAAGUAUGAAGAUACAUUAAAUGACAAUGACACACAUAGUUCCAUAAAAAAUGAACUGUCAAACAUUCCAAGUAGUAGUAACAUUAAUAUUAGUCAUAAUAUACCAUCUAGAAUUCAAAAUAUUUUAGAAGAUUCAACCAAAGGCUUAGAUCAUGUUGAAGAAAUAGAAUCUUUUAAUGUAGUAGGUGAAAGUAAUUUAGAAAUAAAUAAAAGUGAAAAUUUGCAAGAUUUUCCCAUCCAAAAAGUAUGUGUAUCUGAAAUAAAUAAAGAAGAAUUUCAGACAUCUUCUGUAUGUGAUACUGUAUCUGAAAUAAAUAAAGAAGAAUUUAAUAUAUCUCCUAUAUGUGAUACUAUAUCUGAAAUUAAUAAAGAAGAAUUGAAUACAUCUUUUGAACCUAAAAAUGAAAACGUAUUAAAUGAUGACUUUGAUGACUUCCAAUUUAUUAAUUCUGAUGAUAAAGUCAUUGACAGUUAUCCUGCUAUUGCUGAUACAUGUGAAAAUCCUUGGGAAAAUAAUGAAGGGGAAAACUCAGAUUUUGGUAAUUUUACAGCAAAUUUUGAAAAUAAUAAUAAUGAUCAGUUAAAUACCACAUUAACACAUACUGAUUUAUCUUCUGAUAAUAAACAAAUUGAAACACAAAUAAACUUAACACAUUGUGUUGAAGAUGAUGAGGAUGAUUUUGGAGAUUUUGAUGACUUUAGAUCAUCUGGUGUAGAAUCUACAGAAAUGGUAUUACCUCAAGAACCUGCAUCCGUUUAUCAACAAGUACCAGUUUUAAAUUUACAAUCACCAGAUAAUGAAGUUCAAGUUAUGGAAAGAAUAAAUAAAAUUUUAAAUUCAAUAUUUGAAGAAGAAUUAACAGAGACUGAUGAAAAAUUUGAAGCAACACUUGAUGGUUUACUUAGUGAAACAUGGGGUCACUUGAUGGAAACUGAUGUAAGACAACCUUACAUGGUAAACUGGAAUAAAUCACUAGCACAGAAAACUUUAUUGAAAGCUUUAUGCAUUGAUUCUAGAAAUAUUUUAUUUGGUCCCAAGUGGAGUUAUAAUAGUAUGCCAAAAUAUGCUGCAAACCUAAGCACAGCACCUCUUCAACCACAAAAGCAAGCCACACCAAAUACACAGAAUGAUAUCCCUAAUAUUGAUAAAGUGACAAACAAAUCUGGAACAUGGACUGACCCAUUUACAUCAAAUGGACAAGAAUUCACUUAUGCUGAAGCCCUCCUCCUAGAUUUAGAACAUCUCAUGGCUACUCUUGAUCAAAUGGCUCACAACCAUUCAACUUUGAAGAUAUCCGAAUUACUUUCACAUGCCUGCAGUAACAACAGUGAUAAAACAGUUAUAGAACCAACUCCAACUGAUUUAGAUGUAUUUGAAGCUGCAAUUUCCACUAAAGCAGAUAAAGUAUAUUCAAGUACUUUAAGCGUUCAACCCAUACGUCAAAUAAAUCUUCCUGACACCCAUAUUUUUACACCCACUGAUUCAGAAACUCCAAGGUCUAAAACAAUCCAUUAUAACUGUGGGCCCGCUCCUACAGUACUCAUUCCUAAACCAGUUAUAGACAAUCUCCAAAAUAAGGAAGAUAAAAUUAAUAAUUCUCUUGAUAAUGUAAUUGGUGACACUGAUGAAUACUGGGAAUUUCAAGAUUUUAAAGGAACAACUGAUACUAAUUCCUCCCAGCCAACUGUUAGCUUACCUCAAAAUCAGCUUCAAAUAAAAGAAGACUCAAUUUGUAAUACCUUACCUAAAUCAAAUAUCAUUUAUGAAACCCAAUUGUUGCAACCUAUUAAGAUGGAACCAAUAAUGCCCACAUUGAAUUGGCCUGACCCUGGCGAAGUCAAAGAAACAUUUGAUGAUUUCUCUAAUUUUAUAUCCAGUUCUUCUACUAAUAAUGAGAAACAAGAUGUUAGAGAUACACGAACUGUUAAUCAUAACACAUCAGAUAUUACGUUAAUAGAUAAGAAUGUACUUACUGUAACUAAACAAAUAGAACAAACACUAGUGGUCAGCGAUAGUUACGAUGAUGAUUUCGACACAUUCCAAUCUGCUUUACCAUCUAAUUCAAAAACAAUUUUCGAGUUAAAUUUUAACAAUUUAGAAAGCAAGUCAUCACACAACGUUCAAAGUCAGAAUGUAUCAGCACCAUUGAGAAAAACUGAUUUCGAUGUAGAUUUUCCAGUAAAUGAUAAUCUGAAGUCUGAUAACAUAUCAUUUACUAAUAACGCAAUGUUAAAUGAUGCUUCAUCGACCAACAUAGAUAUUACAAGUUCCCAAGUACUCAGUACAAGAACCGGGACAGGGGUAAAUCCAUGUGUACCACUAGAGAACACAAAUAUGUUACAACCAACACUAACACCCUAUACAGGCCAAAUGCAGUCAACAAGCAGUGGACUAACGCAAUCUCAGCAAAAGAGUGGUCAAAUUCUACAACCAUUGUCGUUGGAAAGUUAUUCUCAGAUUAAUUGGCCCAACCCGGGUAUAGACUUGCAAGAUUUAUCACGAUUCAAUCCUGUGGAAUCACUUCAGUCUUUGAAAAGUGAUUCUACAAGUGGCCACAGUAAAACUGCUUCUCCAGUUCAUAAUAAAAAAAAUAUUGUAAAUAAUCAAACUGUUGACGAUGAUAUUUGGGGUGAAUUUGUGUCAAGUAAACCUAAACCGCAACCGACGCCACCAAAAAAAUCAAGUUUUGUUGACGACGAUGAAUGGACAGAUUUUGUUUCAAGUCCAAGUGUAAAACCAAAUGGUUUAAAUACAAUCAGUUUUAAUGUUCAUACUAAUUCGAGUAUCCAAAAAUCGAUGAAUCAAAACAAAUAUGGCAUGAAAAAUAAUGAAAUACCUUUAGACAUUCCAACUUUGAAUUACAUAACACCUAAAACCAAUAAUCAUAAUUCAUACAAUGAUAGACACUUUCAAAAUUUAUAACAGCAUAUAGUAAGUAAUAUUAUUAUAUAAAUUAUAAAUCAUCACUUGUACUUAAUUGUAGUAAUUAUCUGUAAAUAGAGGUGGUGGUGUAUACAUAUAAUAUACUUUUAAAAAGUUUCAGGUAAUUUGUAAUAUUGUUUGUAUAUACUUAUUGAUAUAUAUAUAUAUAUAUAUAUAUAUAUAUAUAUAUAUAUAUAUAUAUAUACUCAUUACAAAUAGAAGUUAUAUGGUACUAAAUUUAAAACUGUAGUAACAAAGAGCACAUUGGAAGCAUAGAGAGAAACCCGUCCUUAUAAUUUUCAUAAAAAUGAGAGACUAUGCUUGUUGAAAGAUGUUGCUAGUAUGUCUAUACCUAUCGUAGUAGUACUUUAGAUGCAGAAACAAUGAAAGAUUUUUAUGAAUAAAGCAAUACUUAAAUUUUAUGAGUAUUAAUACAACUUGUUUCUGUGUAAUGUUUAUCAAUAAAAUAUAACUGUACCUAAUCCAGGUGACAACUAUUUAAAAAAAAAUGUAUUAUUAUAUAAUUUAAAUAAAAUUAUAUAAUUGAAAAGAAAAAUUUUGAUUUUAUAACAAAAUUGGUACAAUAAUUAUGUUUAAAUAGUUGUCUACUAUACAUAUUUUCUAUACAUUGUAAAUGAAUGUGUUAUAAUAAUAACAUACCAUUAGUCUUAUAUAAAAUCUUAUUCAAUGGAAAUAAAAUUAAUAUGAAAAAGGUUGUAAAGAAAAAUUUAGUUUGAAAUUAAAACUAUUAUUUAUUUCAAUUAUUAUAUUUCUUUAUCAGUAUUUUAUCAAUAAGGUAAUGUAAUUAUUAGAGCUUGUUUCACCAUUCCUAGAUGGCCACUAACUGCUAGGCAGAAAUAGAAAAUAAUAUAAAUAUAUCUACAUUGUCAAAUUUAUGAUUUUAUCUAUGAGCAGCGAAGCAAGCUCUCAGACUGAUAACAAUGGCGAAAUUUUCGUUAAAAUUAUACAAAUAUAGUGUAACUGUUUUAUUGUUUCUAAAGAAUUGUAUUAAAAUAUUUCUCUGAAUUAUUUCAUAUAAUGUAAAUAUAAAGACAAAAUACUUAUAUCCUUCUGAA